CACGGGAUGGAGAUUGAUCGGCUGCGCGCCCUCAACAUCAUUAGAAAACGCCACCUACAAAGCUACUGUCUUCACUGCAUCACUACCAAAGAGGAGAUGCGCUUUCCAUCUUCUCUCCUCGGUCGUCGCAACGUUAGGCUUUGAUACAGUGUUGUCCUUAUGAAAAGAGGGGUAUGGUUAUGCUGUUUUUCGUUGAUUUGAUAUGAGGUUUGCCUUUGAUCAUGCCUAACGAGUCAGAGCCCUUAACUAAUUGCGAGAUAGGACGCGUGGCACGGAUUUCCCUCACGACAGUCUACUCUUUGAUGUGCGUUUUUGGCACUGUUCUAAAUCUUGUGGUUAUAUAUCUGGUUGUGAGUUUUAAGAAGCUUCGUACUGCUAGCAAUGCUUUUAUUGUCAACGGCUGCGUAGCGGACCUGUUGGUGUGCGCAUUUUGGAUGCCCCACGAAGCGGUGGCAAUAUCCACAGGGAAUUCUCUAGUGCUUGGGUACCAUGCUUUCAAAGAAGCCCUACUCUUAAUCGGAAUCACCGUCUCGCUACUCUCCCACUCCCUCGUGGCAGUGAACAGGUAUGUUUUAAUCACAAAAACCCCCGCUACUUAUCAAUCACUCUAUCAAAAGAGGCACACUGAAUGGAUGAUUGUUGGAUCAUGGCUCAUCUCUCUCGGAUCCUUGCUUCCUUGGUUCACGUCGUUUCGGUACCCGACUGACAUAUGCAGAGAUGCGCAGGAUGCAACAGUAUCCUUUUCCAAAGGGGUGUCAGUCCUGUCAAACCCAUUGGCUGCUGGAACACUUGCACUGACCAUCAUUGGACAAACAGUGGUUGUUUUAUAUUGUUACUUUAAAAUAUUUCGCCGAGUGCAGAUAAGUGUGAAGAGGGUCAGCAUUUUGAAUUUUCAAAUUGUGAAUAACCUCCCUUAUUCCUUUCCAAGGAAGGACAAGCGUCUCGGGUUUUAUGUGCUGGCAGUAUGUUUUAUAUUUAUGUUAACAACUGGACCGAUUUUCUGGACUCUGACAACGGGACUCUUCAUUCGGGUAUCCGUGGCGCUUUGGACUUCUUCAUGGAUCAUCUUCUGCACAAUCUUCGUGUCAAAUCCUUUUCUGUACACGUGGAAAAACGAAGAGUUUAGGAAGUCUUUCAGGUCCAUCAUGAGGGGAGACUUUUGGAGAGGAUCGACUGUGGGCGUUGAGCCCAUUACAAUCAAUACCAUCUCUCAUAUUUUCCCUCGCCAAAACAGUCGGAGGGCAUUCUUGGGAGAUAUGAAUUAAUAGGACAAGCACGUUUCGCCACGAGGGAGGCCAAAUUGUGCCUAUAAGCAGUAUUUGUGCCAAAUGCAUGCCAUCUGUCUCUUAAAUGGGGAAAUGUGAAAAAUAUAGCGCUUUUGAUAUUGUAAACCAUUGUAAGAUUUGUGACUUUGUGAGGACUUUCCUAAACUGUCCAUACAUUGCUCCUUUUUCAAGUUAAACCAAAAUUUGUAUUAACUUGUAUUAUAUGGAAAUAAAUGA